AUGGAAACAAGAGACAAACAAGGAAAUACGAUCCUCAACUCCAUGCACAAGUACCAGCCUCGGUUUCACUUGGUGCGGGCCAACGAUAUCCUCAAGUUACCUUACUCCACCUUCAGGACUUAUGUGUUCAAGGAGACCGAGUUCCUUGCUGUCACCGCCUACCAAAAUGAAAAGAUCACGCAACUGAAGAUUGACAACAAUCCGUUCGCUAAGGGGUUCCGGGACACUGGUGCUGGCAAAAGGGAAAAGAAGAACGUGGUGAUGUCUCGGUCUUCUGAAGAACAGAAGAUUGAUCACCAGAUCGCUCUCCCCAACAUCCGCAGCUACCCUGAUAACUCGGCACCCAUGGAGUCCGAAAACCAUAAGGACGACGACGAUGACGACGACGAGCGGCUAGAUGUGGUGGGGACGACGGACUCCCACAGCGACGCGCCACACGAACUAAUGGACUCGGACGUGUCGGGAGAGGAGACCAACAACAACGCAGCCGACGACUCUGGUCGAGAUUCCGUCAAACGGAAGAGCGAUCUGGAUUCUGACAUGGAUGACACAUCAUCGCUGGCGGCCCUGAAGAAGGCAGCGCCAGAAAAAGACGAGCCGUCGAGUUCCUCGUGUUCGGACCCGACUCCCAACAUCAGUCUAGGUCCGCCAUUCCAGCCUCCCCACCUCCUGCCCUACCUGUACCCACACGGACUAUACCCAGGAGCGGCACAGAGCUUGGCGGGGCUACACGGCCUUAUGAUGCCCGGGUCCUCCAGUACAGGUCUCGGCCAUCACAAUCUACAACUGCCCUUACUGGGGUCGGGGGGAGCGCCGCCUCACGGGUCCUCGCCACUCUCAUCCCCGCCCACUUCCUUACCUGUGGCUCAUAACCUCCUGCUGGCCCACAACCUACUGGCAGGAGCAGGCCACCACCUGCUAGGGUCACCCAGUUAUCAGAGCCUAGCAGGACUGGCAGUCUCCUCGGCGAGCGGGUGUGGCAGUGGGUCCCUCAGCGCCGCCCCGCCCACCUCCUCCUCACCAGCUGCCCCUUCGCCUCUUCUUCCGGACCGCCUCAAACCGCCUCGCUUUACCCCCUACCUGCCCUCCUCCACCGCCGCAUCCCUCUCCUCCAUGCUUUCCUCGUCGUUGUCUUCAUCACUGUCCUCGUCAUGUCUCACGCCCACGCUUUCCUCCUCCUUGCUUGGCGAGACUACGCUAGGUGGAUCCUCAGCAUUCCAGGCUGUGAGCCCGAAGGCGGGGUCGCGUCUAGAGGAGGGCGUACGCCGCUCUGCAGCCCACGCCGCCUCAGUCGCCCACGCCGCCUCAGUCGCUUCAGAACUCAAGUCGAUCGAGAAGAUGGUGAACGGGCUAGACCGUCGUCCAGAUUUACCAGAUCCGCUUAAAAUGGCCGACAAAUGAGGGCGGGCCCCCAGGGCCGCUUCUGGUCACCUGCACACCCACCUGGUGGCCGUCCACGCCCUCAGUGGCGGCUCGGUCUGCUCCACCAAUCCCCUCUAGCCCCCUCCCUUCUCUGCCGGUGUGGGACCUAAGGACACACACUUACCCUUGGGGACCGCCGGCACCCCAGUGAACAAUAUGAGCGGACGAGAGCCCGGACGACCCCCAGGUCAAGCUCAGGGUAACCUAGAUGAGCGCCAGCAGAGCCCAAGCUGUGCUCCUGGGUCCUGGCUGGUCACCGGGGUGACCCUUCCUCGCCCAGCUUAUCGCUACCAGUGCAAAUAAGACGUGCGACACCUCAAGACGUGCACAAAAACCCAGUUCCGCGCUGCGUGAAGGACAGAGUGUGUCGUAUAUUGCACGUGUAUAUAGUCCGUAAAACUACUUGUUAGUAGAGCAUAUACCAAAGAGCGGACCGACAGCAGCUGUUUUGCGGGUGCAUGUGUGUGUGCGUGCGUGCGUGCGUGCGUGUGGACCAUGGUUCCGUUUAUGUGUACAGUGUCACAUGUACAGAUGGAUUAGAAACGAGAUGGAGACAUGGCAGCGUUCAGUUUAUAUAAACGUGAAAGAAAAAACUAAUACUUUUAGAAACUUUCAAAAAGCUACGUAAAGGGCUAAUAAAUACGUGACCCUCCCAAUGUUCGCGUGGCGGUGGUCUUCCUAGACAUUGAAAAUGGCUGACACGAAGACCCCCAAUUGGAAGCUGUGAGUAGCCCUGGUGUCUAGUGCGCCGCGUGCACGGCGAAGUGUAUAGAAAAGAGAACUAGCUGGGCUCUGACUGGAGCUCCUGGGGCGAGAAGCAAAGCUCUCACCAGCGUGUAUGUGUAACCUAAGCCUGUCUUACCUCAUAGCCGCUACCUGGCGGCCUCUGGCUCGCGCGGGUAGCGGCCUCUGGAGGAACUCAUGAACUAACCGUUAAUAAAUAAUAAAAAAAAAAUCCAGUGAACUCUACUUAAGGUAGUUUCCCAGUGCACCGCUAGAGGGCACUGGCUCCCCGAUGGCGGGGUGUAAUGGAAAUAUUAUGGUGCUUUGUUUUCUCUGGGUGUCUUCUUGUUUUCAUUUUAAUAAACUUGCCUACAAUGACCUGAAACUCUUAUCUGUAAUGAAUAUCUUGGAUAUUUCGUGGAGCAGAGUUAAGCUUUGACAAUGUGGAGAACUUGGACCGUUCACUGUGUGGCCUCUGCAGCCAGGUGGCGUCUUAAGCACAGGUCGGGAACUCCUAAGUGCAUUUGAAGAUACGAGAAUGUCGGAAACUGUUUGGGUGUGGAUCAUGACCUCUCAGUACUCCUUCCGGCACACGACUUCUUUCAUCACCUAAAGAGAUCGAUCAUCCCAACUGGGUCGCCUCAUUAGUGUGAUCACCUGUGUGACCUGCUAGUUCACCGGCGUGACCUUAGGGUUCAUUAGUGAUGACCUCAUGGUUCACUAGUGUCACCUCAGGGUUCACUAGUGUCACCUCGGGGUUCAAUAAUGAUAACCUCAGGGUUCACUAGUGUCACCUCAGGGUUCACUAGUGUCACCUCAGAGUUCACUAGUGAUGACCUCGGGGCUCACUAAUGAUAACCUCAGGGUUCACUAGUGUCACCUCAGGGUUCACUAGUGUCACCUCAGGGUUCACUAGUGAUGACCUCAGGGUUCACUAAUGAUAACCUCAGGGUUCACUAGUGUCACCUCAGGGUUCACUAGUGUCACCUCAGGGUUCACUAAUGAUAACCUCAGGGUUCACUAAUGAUAACAUCAGGGUUCACUAGUGUCACCUCAGGGUUCACUAGUGACACCUCAGGGUUCAAUAAUGAUAACCUCGGGGUUCACUAGUGUCACUCUCGGGGUUCACUAGUGUCACCUCAGGGUUCACUAGUGUCACCUCAGGGUUCACUAGUGAUGACCUCAGGGUUCACUAAUGAUAACCUCAGGGUUCACUAGUGUCACCUCAGGGUUCACUAGUGAUGACCUCAGGGUUCACUAAUGAUAACCUCAGGGUUCACUAAUGAUAACAUCAGGGUUCACUAGUGUCACCUCAGGGUUCACUAGUGACACCUCAGGGUUCAAUAAUGAUAACCUCGGGGUUCACUAGUGUCACCUCAGGGUUCAAUAAUGAUAACCUCAGGGUGCACUAGUGUCACCUCAGGGUUCACUAGCGUCACCUCGGGGUUCAAUAAUGAUAACCUCAGGGUUCACUAGUGUCACCUCAGGGUUCACUAGUGAUGACCUCGGGAUUCACGAGUGUGACCUCGGGGUUUACUAGUGAUGACCUCAGGGUUCGCCAUCAGUUAUAACUCGAUGGUGCAUCAGUAAUGGCGUCACGGUUCACCAGUACAUGAGGUUCACCAUCUGUGACGAGGACGCCAACCCUUGCCACCUCUGCCCCGCCCCCACAGUUUCACCCGAGUGCUAACCGUCCCAGCUGACCAGCCUCUCAUCACCUGUCUCACAGACGGACACAGCUGGGUCUUGUUCACUCUCAUCAUGGUACUGUAAGACACACCUGGUAUACCUCCCAUUCAGUGAUACAAGUUAAAGUUGUUACCAUAAUGAGUGUGAGUUGAGAUGUUUCAUUGUGGUGUUGUGUUACUGAGGCAGAGGUUACAGGGGUGACGGCAGACAUGUAUAUCCCUAAAUUCAAAUAUAUAUAUAUAUAUAUAUAUAUAUAUAUAUAUAUAUAUAUAUAUAUAUAUAUAUAUAUAUAUAUAUAUAUAUAUAUAUAUAUAUAUAACAGAAUGGCCGUGUUGGGUAACUCCCUGGUCACCGCCCAGUUGUUAGUCACCACGGGUCUGGCUGCUACUGGGUGGGCGACCGGUGGCAACAUUGUUACUUGGCAUCUCUGAUCAGACCACCACACCGUGUCUUGGACUACUCCCAGCACUGAGGAUAUACUGUAUAGUAUAUCCAGAGUAAACCAAUAAGCCCCGUGUCAGGUAGGCCAGCGACCUCCAACACAAUAACUCUACUCCGACUGCUCCUAUUAUGAGUCAGCAAUGAUCUGUCCAUCGAGGCUCAGUGGCUCUCAUACAGAUUCACAACUAAACAUAAUAUUUUUUCAAAGUGAAAAAAAGUGUGAUUUUUUUCCCCGGAUAUUUUUCCCAGAUUAUUUGUAAUCCCUGGCGCCGCCGGUACCGCAACCCUCGCAUUACUAUAAUGUUCUCUCUCCUGUCUGUGUCGGAACUUACCCGAGCUCUGGUGGUAGGUGGCAGCACCCCUGCCCGGCCCCGCCCCGCCCGCCCUGCCCCGACCGCUCCCCGUUGCUCUCCACUUCUUUGGUUACAUCUUUAUCGCCCUUCCCCAUCUACGUUCCCAAGGUUUUCGUCAUAAUUUUAAACCCAUAAACAGCAAAAAUAAAUAAAAAUAGAUCCUCACAAAACUCUUCCUCAUUACAGUAUCAGUUAUUGGUAUACAUGAUAUCGGGCUGUUCAGAGUCGUAUAGAUCAACUGUAUAAAAUUACUAUCGUAUUCCUUAUAAAAUCAGACACUGGAACACAUUAUAUCCAGUUUUAACUCAACCUCACUUGUUGUCAUCUAAUACAUAUAAACUUAAACACAUAAUUCAACCAUCAGAUAUUGGUCAGCGUGAUAUUGUGAACAUUAUAACAUUACAGUAAUCCACAUAAUCCCGGUAAUUCACUCCUAACUGUCCCCAUUUAUCCCUCCUGCGUUGGGUUUUUUGGUUACAUACAAAUAUUAAAAAAAAAGAAAAGAAAAAAAAGAAAGAUGUAUUACACGUUGGUCCGUUUUCCUAUAAUUUUGCAUAAGAAUUGUGAGCCAUAAAAAAGAAUAAAUAUUAUUGUAAACUUGUAAACUUCUUGAAGAGCCAAUUGUUUUAUUUUACAUUUUCAUGUUAUCAUAUAUUAUUAUUUUUCUUCUGGAUCGUCUUUUAAUUAAAUAUAUAUUACUUGGAAUAACGAAAUUUUAAUUACUGAAUUUCUAUUCCAUCCCCCCCACCACCACCACCACCAAAAAAACAAACAUUUCUUUCAUAGGUACAGUAUCCCUUUUCUCGUCCCGUUUUCUAAAUUCAGCGGGUGCUGCUCUCUACCCACCAAAGCACCAACUAGUAGCCCAUGUCCAGCCGUAGCUGGGUUAUCGAAGGUAAAUACAAAAUCCUGUUCUCUGGCCAGCAAUGCAUUCAAUGGUUAAAAACUCUCCUGGUGCUGAUCUUUACUUUCUCCUGAUUGGCUGUUAGUUAAUAUGACUUGAGAAUUUUGGUUAGUUAGCGCAUGGAGUGAAUAUCCGGUGCCGGAAUGCAACAGCUGCGCCCUGACAGAAAGCAAGUAAAAAUAUUUUGUUUACCGCCGAAAGCUCGGCUUCCCUGUGGUAACUCAGUUUGUUCGAGCAAGGAUGUGUAACCAUGACCGGGGUCCUCAUCCCAUUUCCUUUCAAUGAUGGCACGUUUUUCUUUAUUAACAUUGCCAUUUUAUUUGUUAUUAUAUUCCACUUCACACCGCCCACAGUUCUUACGUCAUCCACGCGUCAUCACUACGUCAUCAUCAAAACACAGAGGUCGUGCCCUUAGGAAUCACUUAUGUAGAAAAAAGAAACAUUUACCUUUCUUAUUCAUUAACUCAUCUCAUACCAUGUAUAUUCAUCCUCAUCACCUCAUGUUUUCCAUCACCUGGUCAUGACGUGACGUGUUUCUCAGUGGAUAGCGAUGUUCUGCACACCAGUGUACAGAGGUCGGCUCCAGGCAGAAAAAAAAGUCCUGGUUUCAAAGACAGCUUGUGAAGCUUCGAACCACAUCUCAUGUCUAGUUUCAGUACAAAAUUGCCAAUUAAUAUAUCAUUUAAAUACACAAAAUGAACGUAAAGUCAUUCAAGGAACUUAAUUAGAAAUCGAAAAUUAUUUUACUGGAUGGAAAUUUUAUAAUCAAGACAUCAAAUGUUGUUAGAGCUUUUGAGACUAUGCUUGGUUGUCUUGCCUGGAGCUCACUUCUCUCGUUCCGUGGCGACGUCGGUGGUACGCAUCUUCGAGAAUAGAUAUUGAUAAUAUUAAUUAAUAGUUAUGUGUAUUUAUUUGGUUAUUCUGAUGUAAAUAAUAAUUAUGUUCUGGUCAUGUCUGUACUGUAUGAAAAUAUACUCUUUUUGAAGAAA